AUGAACGCGAUAGUGGCACGAAUUCUUCUCAACUCUUGUAACCAUAAAUACAACGAGAAUUUGGAAAAUUUGAUUUGCAAUAAGUUUUCGGGAGAUUUUCAAAGAGUGCUCCGAUCUCUGGUCAAUGCAAACCGCAAUGAGUCCAAUGCUGUCGAUUCAGACCUAAGUGUAAAAGAGGCUAAAGUCUUGUCCCAAUCAGGCGUCAAAAUGAUUGGCACCGAUGAGGAUGAAUUCUUGCGCAUACUUUGCAGCCAUAGUUUCAUACAACUCAAGGAUAUAUUCAAACACUACGACAGACUGACCGGACAUUCAAUGGAAACAGCCAUCGCUAAAGAGUUUAGUGGAGAUCUCUUCGCUAUUUUCAAUGCAAUCGUGCUGAGUGCUAACAGUUUUGCACACUAUUAUGCAAUACGUCUUCAUUCUUGUAUUCAUGGCAUCGGAACAGACGACGAAUCAAUGACAAGAAUUUUGAUCUCAAGAUCUGAGAUUGAUUUGGAAGAUAUUAAAGAUAUUUAUAAACGCAAAUACAGUCGAAAACUUACGGAUGACAUCGCAAAUGAUACGAGUGGUGACUAUAAGAAAAUAACUGUCCAAAGAGGAGCACUCAAUGAAUGGUCGCAUCAAUCGGUGGCUAUAUAUCGGAUGACCAGAUAUAUGGCGAAUGUGAACAAAAUGAUCUCGAUCACUGCCGAGAAUAUGUAG